CACACUCUGAACUGCGCUGUAGACGAUACCGUGUUACUACUCAGCUUUCUCACAAAAGCCGCUUUGUCCUGUCCUACCCUGUCCCCGCAUAAGUUUUUCCUCCAUUUCCAGUGGGCGAGAAUUUGUUGGAGAGAGAGACUCGCUCAUUCGCAUAGAAAGAUCAGCAGCCAUGGCAGGUGCCAAGGAAAGAGAGACCCUCGUAUACGUCGCCAAGCUCGCCGAACAGGCCGAGCGUUAUGAUGAGAUGGUGGAUGCGAUGACCAAAGUAGCGAAACUUGAUGUAGAAUUGACUGUAGAGGAGCGAAAUCUACUCUCCGUUGGCUACAAGAAUGUGAUCGGUUCGCGCAGAGCAUCGUGGAGGAUCUUAUCAUCGAUCGAGCAAAAGGAGGAAGCAAAAGGAAAUGAACAGAACGCGAAGCGUAUCAAGGGAUACAGACAGAAGGUGGAAUCAGAACUGUCGAACAUUUGCAGUGAUAUUAUGAGUGUAAUUGACGAGCAUUUGAUCCCUUCCUGUUCAACUGGAGAGUCCACCGUGUUCUUCUACAAAAUGAAAGGGGAUUAUUAUAGGUAUCUGGCGGAGUUUAAGUUUGCUGAAGAGAGGAAGGAGGUUGCUGACAAGUCCAUGAAAGCCUAUGAGACAGCUACAUCUGCUGCAGAGGCCGAAUUACCUCCUACUCAUCCCAUCAGACUGGGCUUGGCCUUGAACUUCUCUGUGUUUUUCUAUGAGAUUUUGAACUCUCCUGAAAGGGCCUGUCACCUUGCAAAGCAAGCUUUUGAUGAAGCUAUCUCAGAGUUGGAUAGCUUAAGUGAGGAAUCUUAUAAAGACAGUACAUUGAUCAUGCAACUUUUGAGAGACAAUCUCACUUUGUGGACCUCUGAUAUCCCAGAGGAUGGAGCUGAAGAUGCCCAAAAGCCAGACGUUAUUUCCAAAGCUGGUGGUCCAGGAGAUGCGGAGUGAGAUUGAGUGGUGUUGACUGUUGGGGCUCGUUGAUGUCCAGAAGAUUUGGUGCUUCUAUGGCAUAGGAUUUAUCCAUGUUCUCAUGAAAAAUUAGAUCAUACUGUGAUUUUAUAUGGAUCCUAUGGUUGUGAUAGUUUUUAGAUCUUUUGACUUGUUGGUUUAUUUUGGAUCGUGAAAGGCUUUUCUUUCUGUUGACCAAACUGAACAAAUUAUAAAGAUAACUCUAGGAUGCUUUUUUUAAUCAGACAUUCGUCCUGCUGAUCAACAUUGGGCUUGAUUGUAUAUCUGCUGGGGAUUUUUGGGAGUCA